CAUAGACAAAUCCUAGCCAGCGUAAUCUUCCUGUGUUGCCAUGGCUGCCUCAAGAACCUCCCACUUAUCCCAUAAUUCCGCUUCACAAACAGGAAGUGCUCCGGUAACCGUGCGAGUUUAAUAAACAUGUCGUUCAAAAGAGAGGGUGAUGAUUGCAGUCAACUCAAUGUCUUAAAGAAACGGCGUGUUGAGGACUUGCUGUCCAACUACAUUCCUGAGGACGAGGCCACUUUGCUAAAAAAUGGGAGGUAUAGCUGUUUGGUGUGUUCACAUCGUCCCAUUUUCGACACGGUCGAUAUGCUGACAGUACACAGAAAAGGGAAGCGGCAUCUCGAAGGUUUAAAAUGGUUUUAUGGCAAAAAAUCUCGGCUACAAAAUGAAAUUGAUAAAAGGCGACAUCAGGUAUAUGUGAAUGAAGAUGACCGGCAGGAAACAGGCAGCUCUGCUCCAUUACUAACACAGACACGAAAAAUUACUCACCAUGCCUUGCUGAGAAAUACACCCUAUAGCAGCUGCCAUAAAAAGGCCAGUCAAAGAUCUGAAAAACCAGCGUCUCCACUGAACCAAGACUGCAGCAGCAACCAUGGUGUUUUCACAGCUACAACCAAAAUCAGCACAGAUACCACACCUGGUCAUAGUAAAAUAUCAAGCCAGUACCAGAUUGAGACACAGUUGAAGAAAACGAAAACGAAAGCUGCUAAUCCUGCUGAGUCUGAGCCUGUCACAGAGCAGAGACGAAGAGAACUAGACCACUACCUCAAAUUAAAAAGCCACGGAUGGCUGCAGGACCCCAGUGGGAAAUGGAUAAAAGAUGAAAAUGUGGAGUUUGACUCAGAUGAGGAAGAACCAGUUUCACUGCUUCCUACAAACAAGACUUUAUAGACUAUGCUGGAAUUUUUUGGCCAGAAAUGGUGUUUUCUGGACUGUCUGCUUCCUCAAAACAACCUUCCUGUUUAGUGUUAAAGCUUCAAGCUGAGAUAAUGCAGAAAAGCAAAAAGGACCACAGAAAGAACUGCUGACCAGUCAGGAAACUAGUUUCCCCCCCCACAAAGAGUUUCUCCCCCAAGAAUGUGUCUUGGCAUCUUGCUUUCAAAACUAUCAUACCAAAUUGGUUGCUUUGUAUUAAAAACAGAUAACACUGA